AUGGCGAAGGGUUUUCCAAGAACGCUGCAAUACGCUGCCCUGAUUCAUCCUACGAUCGCUGUUUACCGCACCAAGAUCGAAGCUCCUGAGCGCAGCGCUCUGUUGCUGAAAUGGCAGCAGUUCCUCUGUGCCUUCACCUCCUCAGCCAUCCGGACCUUUCCAUGCACUGGGAAGCUUUUGGCCAUCAGCGAUACGCACGCGAUCACGACCUACUUUCUGAACCUGGAGGUGUUUCCAUCUUGGCGAUGA